AUGAGUUAUACGGCAGCUGAAGAACAAAGGAAACGGUUGGAACAACUCAUGGGCAAAGAAGCACUCAUUUAUACCUCUGUCCGACGGAAAGACCCAGAGAUGACAUCCCACAGAGUGUGUAAGGCAUUCCUAGUUGGAUCAUGUCCCUACGAUAUGUUUACAGGAACAAAGCAAGAUUUGGGUAAAUGUCCCCAAUUACAUUUGGAGAAGCAUAAGCUUGAAUAUGAAUAUCGGACCAAGCAAUUAGGUGAGUCCUUCCCUGAGUUCGAACGAGAGUAUUAUAUGGUUUUAUCCAAGUUUAUCAAUGAGUUAGAUAAGACAUUAGAGGUUGCCCAAAAGAGGUUGGAGCAUACUCCAGAGGAAAAGGAGAAGAUUAUUCAAGUUACUAAAGAACUUGAUCAAUUGGAUACACUGAUUGGGUUGAUCACCAAAGAAUUGGAAUAUUUAAUGAAUGUUAAUGAGCCGUUGAAGACGUUGAAGGAAGCUCAAAAACUUGAACAGGUUCUCAAACAACGGGAAAAAGUCGCUGAGACAGCUAGAGGAAUAGUAGAGAAUAUUGGACAAACAUCCCAACAAAAAUUACAAGUAUGUGAAGGAUGUGGAGCUUAUUUAUCUCGGUUAGAUAGUGAUAGACGGUUGGCUGAUCAUUUUGUUGGUAAGAUACAUUUAGCAUAUGUUUCAAUGAGACAAACGUAUGAUGAAUUGAAUCAUAAAUAUAAACGAAUGGGAGUUUAA